UCUAUACCAGUAUUUAUCAGCGUCUCCUUGCUAAGCCAUCAAGAAAAGCCAACACUAUGGAAAAACUGGAAGAUAAUUCGACACAAAUACCGCUGGUGCUUGAAAGCGAAGGAGAUGACAUUCACUUGCAAGAGAGCUUGUAUGAGAAUCGGAACCAGUGUCCAGAAGGUGAUGAAGAGCCAAAUUUAAAAGCCAGAAUUGAAGAGGCUGAGAAGCUGGUUGCAAAUACAAGUCGAGAUAUACUUGAGCUGAUCAGAAAUAUAAGCCGAAGGAAGUAUGAUUUGUAUUGUGCCUGUUCACUGUUGGACUACUACCGGAAUAGGCACAAAGCGGGGAUCAGAGACUGUUUGAACCUGGAGAGGGAGAAAAUGAAUAUACUGCAACUAUUUCUGCUACGUUGCGCAAAUAAAUCUCACCCCGGUUUGUCAGUAGAAGGCAUAGCCAAACAUGUAAGAGUUACUCAUUAUAUAUACGUACAAUGUUUUCCAGUUGUUUCUUAGUUAAGCCUUUUGAGUUUGUUGGAUUUAUGGACAUCGAUUCAGAAACUGAGUUUCCGGAUGGUACAUGGAACAAACAACUUGGCCGAGGAAAAGCGGCUCUUGAAAGAGAUCAAUGUGAGCGAGGAGGUUUCUGCCGGUUCAUUGUCCUCAUUGGAAAACGACUAUCAUAUGCUUCCU